GUACAUCACGUGCGCCGAGUACACGCAGUUCUACGGCGGCAAGAAAGCAGACCUUCCGCGGACCAAUUUUAGACGUUUAUCGUUUGAUCACUGCAGUUUGUCCCUGCAGCCCUUUGAAUACCCAGUUUGCACACCAGAUGGGACAGUCUUUGACAUACUGAGCAUUGUUCCUUGGAUAAAGAAAUAUGGAACCAAUCCAAUCACAGGAGAAAAACUAGAUGCCAAAUCACUUAUAAGGCUGAAUUUUGCUAAAAACAGUGAAGGCAAAUACCACUGUCCAGUGCUGUUUACUGUAUUCACCAAUAACUCCCAUAUUGUGGCCAUCAAGACUACUGGAAAUGUGUUUGCUUAUGAGGCAGUUGAGCAGCUGAACAUAAAACCCAAGAGCUACAAGGAUCUCUUGACAGAUGAGCCCUUCACUCGGCAAGACAUCGUGACACUGCAGGAUCCAACAAACCUGGAUAAGUUCAAUGUCUCAAACUUCUUUCAUGUUAAGAACAACAUAAAAGUAGUUGAUCCAGAUGAAGAAAAAGCAAAAUUAGAUCCAUCUUACUAUUUGAAAAACACAAACACAGAGACCCGAGAGACUUUGCUGGAGCUUUAUAAGGAAUUCAAAGGCGAUGAUAUUCUAGCAGCUACUAUGAAGGCUCCUGAAAAGAAGAAAGUGGAUAAGCUGAAUGCAGCUCACUAUUCCACUGGAGCUGUAAGUGCUUCCUUCACCUCCACUGCUAUGGUGCCUGAAACUACCCACGAAGCAGCUGCUAUUGAAGAUGAUGUUGUGAGAUACCAAUAUGUGAAGAAGAAAGGAUAUGUGCGACUUCACACUAAUAAAGGAGACCUGAACUUGGAACUGCACUGUGAUAUGACACCCCGAACAUGUGAGAACUUUAUCAAGUUGUGCAAGAAGAACUACUAUGAUGGAACAAUUUUUCACAGAUCAAUUCGGAAUUUUGUGAUCCAAGGAGGUGAUCCGACUGGAACAGGAACUGGAGGAGAAUCUUACUGGGGAAAACCUUUCAAAGAUGAAUUCAAGCCCAAUUUGUCCCACACGGGACGUGGUAUUCUUAGUAUGGCCAAUUCGGGACCCAACACAAACAAGUCGCAGUUCUUCAUCACAUUCCGCUCUUGUGCGUAUCUGGACAAGAAGCAUACAGUUUUUGGAAGGGUGGUUGGUGGCUUUGAGACUCUGACUGCUAUGGAGAAUGUGGAAAGUGACCCAAAAACAGACCGUCCCAAGGAGGAAAUACGAAUUGAGACAACAACUGUUUUUGUUGAUCCGUAUGAAGAGGCAGAUGCACAGGUUGCUGCUGAAAGAGAGAAGUUCCAGCAGGAAGAAGAUGCAGCCAAAACUAAAGCUGAGGUGGUUACACCAAGGAAAGAGGUCCAGACUCCUAAAACCUACCGGCAGGGGAUUGGAAAAUACAUUAACAUGGCUGCAGCGAAGCGCAGUGCCGAGGAUGAUGGGCCCUCAACCAGCACAGCUGUGAAGAAGGAGAAAAAGAGCACAGGCUUCGGGGACUUCAGCUCCUGGUAGCAGCACAGGAGCCUAGCACUGGGGCAGCACAGCGAAAACAGCAAAGGCGCCUUCCACGUGUCCCCAAAGAGCCUAAAAGACAGUCUGUCCUGGGGAGGGAAGGCACCAGCCUGCCCUUCCACUGGGAAAGAAAACUGCUGCAUUGUUGAGGCUGGUUAAUGUGGCUUUGUUUUCUAGAGAGUGCAUUCCCUCACUGCAUCUUCCUCGAAGGCUGUUUUGUUGUUGUUUGCAAAGCAGGGAGCAGGCAGCCCAGCUCCCCGGGGAUCAGCUGGAGCCUUUCUCUGCGUGGCUGGCAGGAGACCAGCAGAGCCCAGCCUCACAGGACACUACUGCAGUGAACAGCUACGGUGGUGAAAGAGCUCCUUUUACAGGUAAUCGUUUCCAGACCAGCCAAGUGUGCCAAAUGAAGGAAUGAAUUCAUGCACUGGGAAGUGCCUGUGCUGCUGUAGGGCUCUGCAGAGGGGAGGAGAGGGCUCCAUGUCCUGCUCUUUCCUUCCAGCUGCCUCUAGCUGGUUCUCAACAGGGAGCAAUUUUGUCUCUUGCUCU